AUGGAAUAUCUCUUCUCCUCUUUGCGCUUAUCAGCUAUUUCCUUAUUGCAUUUCGGGGUUGCACAAGCUGACAGCAUCUUCUGCUUCAAGUGCACCAGUAGUCACGGUUAUAACUGUAGCAUGACCCAGCAAGAAUGCACCUCUGCAGUCAACAGCUGUAUCACCAUUGCCCAGACUGAGGACACAGGACCCCUGGACAUAGAAAACCCAACUUAUGAAAAGAAGUGCAAUUCUGACGAUCGUCUGUGCAACCAGUUUGGUUUCUACGGCCUGGUGGCUGGGGAUUUCCGCCUGCGUUGGAACUCCAGCUGCUGCCGCUCGGAUAGCUGCAACAACCAGAACAUCAUAGUACAAAAAGCAUCUCAAGUUCUCAAUGGCGUUCGUUGCAGCUCAUGCUUUGCUCGAGGCCCGAACGUGUGUCCGGACGCCACCCAAGUGAACUGUACCGGGCAGCUGGACCAGUGCAUCCAUUUUGUUACCAUCGCUAAGGAAGAGAAAUACAAGGACCAACAGGUGACCAUCAAAGGCUGUGCCACCAAGAACAUGUGUUCUAUGGGAGCUACCGCGCUGUUUGCAUCUGGCCGCCAGGUCUAUGUCAAGACCAUCACGUGCAGUGGGGCUCCAGAGGUCCCUUCCCAGCACAGCCUGUCUCUGUCUGCCCUCGUAGGAUUAUUCUUUCUUAUCUACCAGUCCUGAUU